AUGGAUGAUGUGGAGGUGAACAUGAUCAACUUCUAUAGUGUACUUGAUGAAGACAUUGACUUGGGCCAGCUUGAUCCGACAAACAAUAAUACUGAGGAACAUGAAGACAUUGAAGAUGAACCUUUAGAAGUCUUAGACAAUGAUAUCUUUGAGUCAUUUGCUAGUGAAAAAGAGCCUAGGAAGAAAUUGUUAAGGUCCAUUCUAAAACCAGUUGCUUGUUCAUCUGGUGAGGUUCACACUAAAGCUUUUAAGAUUAGUCAGACGUUCAAGGAAAAGGAAAAAAUAAGAGAAUUUAUUGCCAAUUACUCUGUAAAAGAAAGGAGGGAUCUACAUUAUGGAAAGAAUGACAAGACAAGAGUUAGGGUAAAGUGUAGGGGUAUUGUUCCUGAAUUGACUGGUGACAGUAAUAAAGGUAGGGGCAAUUUAGUACUUUCCAAGAAAACAACUUGUCCAUGGGUUCUUUUUAUAUCUAGGGCAGAUGAGAAACAAGUUUGGACUGUCAAAACAUACAAAGAUUCUCAUUCUUGUUUGCAAACAAGGACAGUGAGGGCUUGUUCAUCUAAGUUUCUAGCUAACAACAUAUUGCAUCAAGUUGAAAGUAAACCCAAGAUCCCUACACGUGCUUUACAAGAGGAGUUAGUACAGAGGUAUUCACUUUCAAUAUCAAAGAUGAAAGUAUUUCGGGCCAAAGCUAUGGCAAAACAAUAUGUUUAUGGUGAUUAUGAAAAGCAGUACGGUGUUUUGAGAGAAUAUGCCAUGGAAUUGAAGUCAAAGAAUCCAGGAACAACUGUGAAGAUAGAUGUCGAAAUUGAACCCAAUGGUCCCUUUCCAGGACAAAUUCUUACUGCAGUUGGGCUUGAUUCGAACAAUGGCAUUUACCCAGUUGCAUAUGCCAUUGUAGAGACUGAAAAUAUUAACUCUUGGACAUGGUUUUUGGAACACUUGGGUGAUGACUUAGAUUUGAAUUCUUCAUCUAACUUCACUUUCAUUUCAGAUCGGCAAAAGGGAAUCUUGGCUGCAAUAGAGAAGUUAUUUCCAUCAGCUAAGCAAAGGUUCUGUUUAAGACAUGUGUAUGACAACAUGAAAUUUAAACACAAAGGAGAUGAAUUGAGGGAAGCAGUAUGGUGUUGUGCAAAAGUAUACAACAUACCAAAAUUUAAUAGGGCUAUGGAGAAACUGAAAAAGCUUAACCCAGAAGCACAUGAGUGGUUAAGUAAAAUUCCUGCAAAACACUGGGCAAGAUCCCAUUUCUCUGGAAGGGCAUUGACUGAUAAUUUGACAAAUAAGUUGUGUGAGGUAUUUAACUCCAAGUUAGAUGAGGCAAGGGACAAGCCUAUAAUCACUUGUUUGGAAUAUAUUAGAGAAUACCUCACAAAGAGAAUAGUAAAUGUUCAUAAGGUGCUAGCCAAAUGCAAAGGUUCUCUAAGUAAAACUGCAACAACAAUCUUAGAAAACAAUAAGACAGAGGCAAGUAAGAUGAGGGUUCUAUUUAAUGGAGCUGAUAAAUAUCAAGUGACUUGUCUAUGGAUGGAGCAGUAUGUUGUGAAUUUGAAAGAGAGGAGUUGCACUUGCAGGAAAUGGGACAUUACAGGUAUUCCAUGCCAGCAUGCUAUUGCUGCAAUGUAUGAUAAGAUGCAGAAUGGGUCAGAAUGUGGAGAUCCUGAGGCUUGGGUGAGCAAAUGUUACUGGCUCAGCACAUGGAAUGCUAUGUACCAACACACAAUUGACCCAAUAAAUGGAAGGAGCAUGUGGCCUAGAUCUGAUUGUCCAACAACCCUUCUCCCACCCAAACAUCACAAACAGGUUGGUAGGCCAAAGAAAAAAAGGAAGAGGGCAGUUGAUGAGCCAACUCAAAGUACCAAGUUAAGUAGGAAACACUUGAUAGUCACUUGCAGCAAAUGCCACAACAAAGGUCACAAUGCUAGGACUUGCAAGGGGCAGGGAGGUCCUAGUGAAGCUGGAAAGGGGGGUGGACAGAAGAAGGGAAAACAUGUUGUAGCUUAG